AUCCUACCUAUACUCGUAUCAGGGUAUGGAAUUUGAUGACUGAAAACGAUAAGAAAGAACAUGACGAUUUUUGCGACCGGUGAAUACUCGUAUAACUCAGGAGGAGGGCCGGGAAGGGGGGUUAACCUCCCCCCCUCCCUUCUUCCCUCCUUUCUCCCUCACCCCCUUCCUGUAGCACACUCUUACAGAACUCCUUUCUCGAGAUUCAGUGAAAGGGCCCAAUCUGUUCCUCUCAGAUCGUUCAGAUCUCCGACUCCAAGUCUAAAUUAUUAUGAGAAGGCUCUCUCCGUUAUAGGCGACAGAGAGCCUGUACAGCGAAGCAGCCAGUCCAGCUAUAAAUGCCGUACUGUACAGGAGGACGAAGAAUCCCCGUACACAGCCGAAUCUGCCAGUUUUAGAGAUCUGAGAAGUGAGAAUAGAUGUCGAGCCAACUAUAGAGCAGUUCUAGAGCAGGCUCAUCAACUAGAGAUUAAAUAUAAAGAUAUGAAUAAAAUUUCUAGAGAGUCAAGAUUACUUAAACGAGAUGAGUUUGAUUAUCUAAGACCCAGUUAUAGAACUGAAGCUCCUGACACAAGCAGAUUCAUUCCACUCUCUCGACAAGAAACAAGAGAGGAUAUAACAAGAAGCAGAUUUUCAGAGAACACAGCGGUUCAGCCUGUUCAACACAAUAAGCCAAAACUAUGGGAACAGCAUGAUGUCCCCAUGUUGCCAACAUUUCAACCAACUCAAUUGAGCACAACCAAUAAAUAUAACAAUUAUGACUUACCCAGUAAAACCACACCAACUUAUAGUUAUAACUUUAAUGAAUCACGUGACCAAAAGUACCAGGCUCAACAAAAAAUUCAAAAUGGCCGUCUUCAACACAAGGACUGCUGUGCGACUUAUUGGGUGCCAAUUUUAACAAAAACAGCUAACACUAUGGUAUACGAUCAACAGAACUUUGAACCACCUUCUUAUAAAUCUUCAUCUUCUACUGUGAAUUCAUUCAACUCCUUCUCACGAUCAUCUAAGCCAUCAAUCCCUUACUCUUCAAUCUUUACCUGCAGAGACCCCUCAAGAUAUCUUGCUGCAAACCUAUCAACUGCAGUAUAUCCCAGGUAUUAGAGACCCUUCAAGAUAUCUUGCUGCAAACCUAUCAACUGCAGU